AUGGCAACCCGCGAUCCCGGCGAAGUUGCCGCUGACGCUCUCAACGACUUUUUCGGUCAACUCUACAGCUUCUUUGAGACCAUCUUUACCCGAUUCUUCGGAAACCUCUAUGCCUCCUUCGCCGAUGUGAGCAUCAACCGCUGGACGAAGGUCAUUCUGUCUGUGAUCGGCUACCUUCUCAUCCGGCCAUACAUCGAGCGUUUCUUCAAGUUCAUGCACGACCGAGACCGCAAGAAGCAGUUGGAGAAGGAAAAGGCCAAGAAGGAUGGAAAGAAGGCGAAGAUGUCAGCUAAUGAGCUUCGUGGCGGCGCCGGAGCUGGUCGAGUCCUCGGAGAAGUGGAGAACACGGACGAUGAGAUUGAAGAUGGAGAGGACUUCGCGACGGCGAGCGGCGUCCCUGAGUGGGGAAAGAACGCUCGGAAGAGGCAGAAGAAGUACAUGAAGAACCUGGAGAAGGAGGCUGAGAGCCGGACACACAAUCUCUCUGAGGAACAGCUUAUGGAGCUACUGGAUUGGAGUGAGUCGGAGGAUGACAAGGCCGCUGGGCACGCAGCGCUUCUAUUUGCUUGCUCAAAUACAGCAUGUCGCAGCAAUACAGAAAAAGAAGAAAGAUCGCGCUCGCCUGUUUACCAUGCCGUGCGCGAAAAAUCCGCUGCGAUGGUAUUGAGCCCAGCUGUGGCCCAUGUAAACGACGAGAGACCUCGUGCUCUUAUCCCGUGGAAAGUGCCAGAAAAGCUCAAGACAACCAGUAAGACCCUGCUGUGGAUAGUGGACGAAGCCUCGGGCCAACUGUACCUGUCAUUUUCAGGUAUAUACACCGGUUGCACACCGUUGAUCGAGCUGCGUCUGCCAGAGCCACCCACAUUCCUGCGUGGUGUCGGUCACCAAAGCGAUCUGAAUAACGAUACCGCUGACUCUCGGAGCAUGCCUUUGCGAGCACACACAGAGGGUGGUCCCAUUGCUUUCCCUCAAAAUGCCCUCAUGAGCAAUGACGGACACAGUGCCUCUAAUCUUAGAACAAGGCAAGCCUCGGGCUUCCGGAGUUCUAGAGGAAGCCGAAGCCGAAUCACCGCAAUGGGCAUAACACCCGACGGACUCUUCGGCUUGUCAGAGAGCGAGGACGAGUUCUUUGGUGAUUCAUCGGUCGCGUCUUUUCUAAAACAGAUCAAAGAAUCUGCAACAAAAGAGCCUGAACGAGGACAAUCGACAACAAAUCCGGUUCCGAGUGCGACAUUUGGCACACCAUCAAUUCCAACGCCACCAGUGGCUGAUAAUAGUCUGAGUGUCAAAGCCUACCAUCUACCACCCCGACAACUGGCUGACUAUCUUUUAAACUUCUAUUUCGAUAAAAUCCAUAGUCUGUAUCCAUAUGUUCAUAAACCAAACUUUCUUCGCGCUUAUAGGCGCUUAUGGACGCCAGAUACGGAAACAGACACAGAAACCAUCUCGUCCGGACUGGGCUUAGGAGAUGCCUACGUGCCCCCGGCACUGUUUCAUUGCGCAUUGAACAUAAUAUUUGCUCUUGGAUGCCACUUUUCUAAAUUAGAUCAUACAGCGCGGCAAGCUACAGCGGAGGAGUUCUUUCAGCGUUCGCAGCGACUAUUGAAUGUGAUGUCACUUGAUAAAGGUGAUUUAUCCCUAGUACAAACCUUACUAUUGACGUCGCAAUACUUGCAAGGUGGCGAAUCUCCAUCGAGAUGCUGGAAUAUAAUUGGCCUUGCUUGCAGAAUCGCUCAAUCUCUCGGAAUGCAUUCUCUUAAGGCCGAUAGGCCUAGGACACCGGCCCAAAUACAGAUGAGAAGGCGUGUCUGGCAUGGAUGUGUAAUGCUUGAUCUUGCAAGUAGCAUGAUGCUGGGUCGUCCGCCCAUGACUCAUUCUUCCGCAGUACCUCUUCCAGAAGCUAUCGAUGAUGAACUUCUCAAUUCGACCACAGCAGCCUGUCAAUCACCAGUGGGCACGCUUUCAAAAGCUGAGUUCUAUGUCAGAACUCUACAGUUAUACAAGAUACUCAGAAAGAUACUAUAUGAGGUCUAUGAGCCUUGGGAGGACAGGGGGUCUCCUGAUCAGUCAGAACGGCCAAAGUCCGAGAAUGAGUUAGCACAGACCUUGCUCAGUUUAGAUGAGGAGCUUCUGAAAUUUGAAUCAAGUCUCCCAGCGGCUCUACAAUGGCGUGAUGCACAGCAGCCCGCUGGUGUGGUUGGACCAUUCCGUCGUGAAAGCAGCCUGUUGAGGGGAAGAUUUCUUCAUCUGAGGAUCUUGCUUCUUCGUCCUACAUUUGUCAAGUUCUGCCGUGACAAUCUGCCACCGCGUCAAGCGGGCGGCUACCCUCGACACCAACAAGUACCGUUGAAAAGCAGAAUAGCCGUGGAUUUCAGUAUCAGCUGCUCGACGUCAUGUAUCGAGACUGCGGUUGAGCUGUCGCAUCUUAUGAAUGAAAUUUCGACGACUGAACUGGCAAGUGUGUGGUGGUACAAUGUUUUUUAUGCUUUUACGGCUGGUGUUGUUCUUAUAUUGGCACAGGCAUCCCCUGCUAUGAAGUCUAGAUUUUCUCAACCAGUCUUGGGCAAUGCUUGGAAAAGCUGCUGUGACUGCUUGGAAAACAUGGACCUGUACAGCAACACCGCCAGAAACUGCGCCAUCAACCUGCGGAAGACCCUAUCCCAAGUGCUAGGCGGCCAAGGGCAUGAAACUAGUGUGUAUAUUGAGAAACCUGCGCCUCAAACUACAGACCGACAAUUGGGCCAAGAUGUUGUUUCAUCGAAAGCACCGAAUUUCUUUUCCAGUCUCGCUGGAUCAGAGGUUAGCGAUGGUGCCAGCCAAGGCGCUAUGGAUACUCAAUUCUCUGAGGCAUUAGACUCUCUCUGGAGUGGAGAUGAUGUGAAUAGUUCCCUGAUGGAGAUGCUAUGGGAUGACCUUUGGUUGGCAGCGCCAUCAUUCUUCUGA